AUGGCUGGCGUGCUCAUGAGAUUGGGCGAGCACCGAAUGCAGGACAAAGACUCAAGAGAACCUGACAAUGACUUUAUGGAACCUACGAAAGGCCCAUCGGCCGGCCCCUUAGGUGCGCAAGACAGAGUUGAGUUCGAGUUGUCCGCGGAAUCCCAUGUCUGUGCCUACAAUUGGCAAUGCGGGCAUCGCCCGACCGCAGACAUCGUCUAUGCUCUGCAUGAAGAGCUCCAGGUCCAUCCCCUUUCGCCAAUGUUUAGACCAAUUCCAAGCUUCGAAGUCCUCGAAAAACACCAAUAA